AUGAGCGGUAUCUUGGAGGAUCCUGGGCGCAAGGAUGAGGUGGAGGCUUCCUUGCAAAAGCUCCAGGAUCUCAAAGACACCUCCGAGGUCACUGCGGCGCUGUUGUCACUGGAGGCGGCCACCCUCCGCAGCUCCAGCUGCCAGCGCCGUUUUCUGCAGCUGGAUGGCUCUGGCGUGUUGCUGAAAAGCAUGGAAGUGCACCUGGAUGAUCAAAAGAUUCAAAUCAUCGGCUGCCGCGUGCUGCAGCAUUUGGCUUCCUUGGUGUCCCUGGAGGCAGCUGAGGUCUUGGCCAAAGCAGGAGCCUGUGAGGUGAUCAAAAGCAGCUUAGAGGCGCACACGAACGCCGCACUGCAUCAGGCAGCUCUCCAGGCACUGGAGCUCAUUGCUUUCACAGGCUCGGAGGCCCGUGCCCGCGCCAUCAAUUGUGGCUGUCCAGAAGCUGUGGUCGCCUCGCUGAAACGCUUCCGGAGCGAUGCCAAUGUGCAGCAGGCCUGCUUGGCAGCCCUGCAGGCCCUGCUCGAAGAUUCUUGUGGCACAGAAGCAGAGGAGGCCAACUGCCAAGAGACCGUCGCCAAGUCCGGUGGCAUUGCCGCCAUCGUGGGGGCGCUUGCGGAUCACCGGGAUGAUGCACAGCUCCAGUACUGGGGCCAGGUGGUACUGACAGCACUUUGUCAUGACAACGUCAAGCUGCGUGCAGAAGCUCAGCAGAAGUGCCACUGGCAGCGAAUUGA